AUGACCAAGGAGGGAAGUGCCGUAAGUGAAGGAGUGGUAGUCUAUUGCACACGAUUUGAAGGAAGUAGAUUUGUUCCUUUUGAUUUAUUAUAUGAUUUACCAGGGCAUUGCUUCUUCAAAGUAAAGAAUAAAGGUCGAGUUUUUAAUGUACCAUACAAUGCUUCUACAGAGAUUCCCAAAACUGAACCAAUUGAACCACAAAUUCUCCCCACAAUUCCUGAAGAAGUGACACAGACACCCCAACCCUUGGAUACACUUCCUUCAAAAGAGGAGUUGGAUGAUUUCUUUCAGAGUUUAGAUGCAACGGUGACAGGAAUACCAACCGAUUAA